UUCUGGCACCCUUUUUUAUUUAGAAAAAAUCAUCCUCGUAGCUGGGUGGAAAGACACCAUGAUGCAAACUGUGAAGACUUAGUCCAAGUCAUGUGAAAUAAUGGAUGUAACUUUUUGCUUUUGGAAAAAGCACAAGAUAUGGUCUGAGAAAGUUGAAUGUGUAGUGGGUAUAUAUAGGAGAAUGGUGGUAGUGUUAUUUCAACUCAAAACCUAUUUUGCUUUGAAGUAUAAAUCAGAGUUGAGCAAAAACUUUGUCAGUCUUAUUGUUAUAGAAAAUCAGAAAAAGAAAAAGUAAUGGAGUUGCUGGGACGUUAUUGGUGGUGGCCGGUGGUGUUAGUUUUGGUUCAUUUUGGUAUGAAUGGUUGCUUUGGUUGCUGGGAGCAAGAGAGAAUUGCUCUCUUGGAACUUAAAGCUUCCAUUGUCAACUACACCGAUGAAUAUCAUUUUCCUCACUGGGACUCAGCCGACAAAGAGAGUGAUUGCUGUGAGUGGGAAAAAGUCAAGUGCGACAUCACUACUAGCCGUGUAAUCAAACUUGCUCUUAAUAGUAUGAUUUAUUGGAGUGGAGAAAGUGGGGGAGGUUGGUACUUUAAUGCCUCUCUGUAUCUUCCAUUUGAAGAGCUCCAGUACCUCGAUUUGAGUUCAAAUUCCAUUCCUGGAUGGAUCCCAAAUGAAGGUUUUGAAAGAUUCUUUACGUUGGGCAAGCUGGAAGUGCUUCACUUGGGUUAUAAUAGUUUUAAUAACAGCAUUUUACAAUCCUUUAGUGGUACUAUUGCUUCGCUCAAGGAACUACAUUUGAAUUCCAACAGUUUGAAUGGAUCAAUCCACAUCCAAGACUUCAAAGCAUUUAACAACUUGGAGGAGCUCUACUUGGGUGGAAAUCAUAUCAAUGACUUCGUGAAAACGGAAGAUUCAAACAGCUUAAGUAAGUUGCAAGUCCUAGAUUUGAGUCACAACAAUUUUAAUGCACAAAUUCUUGAGUCAGUAGUUGCCUUCCCAUCGUUGAAGAUAUUAAACAUUGGAUACAACAAUUUGGAAGGAUCGUAUACUACUAAAGAGUUAGGUGCACUAAACAACCUAGAGCAGCUGUACUUGGAUGGUUCAUCAAUUGAUAACAGCUUCCUUCACAAAGUUGGAGUUAUGAAUUCUCUUGAAGUAUUGUCAGUGCGAAACUGUAAUCUCAACGGUAGCUUACCUGCACAAGGCUGGUGUGAACUUAGGAAGCUCCAAGAGAUAGACCUCAGCUACAAUAAUUUUGAAGGGAUACUACCUUCAUGUAUGGCAAACUUGACAUCACUUCGAGUAUUGGAUCUCUCUAACAAUCACUUCACCGGGAACAUUGUCCACUCCCCACUACCAAGUUUGACAUCACUUGAGCACCUCUCUCUGUCAAAUAACGACUUCUUGAUCCCAGCCACAAUGUCCACCUUUUCUAACCUCUCAAAACUUAAGGACUUAUUAGGUGAUAACAAUAAAAUUGCAUUUGAACCUGACUCUCAUACUUGGAUUCCAACCUUCCAAUUACAGUUUUUGAGUCUUUCUAACGGACACAAUGUCAAUGGCACAACUCCUAGAUUUCUUCAUUACCAAUAUGAGUUGGUAGUGAUUGAUCUCUCUCACAAUAAUUUGUUCGGAAAGUUUCCCACUUGGUUGCUAGAAAUCAGUACAAAAUUGGAGUCCCUUUUCUUAAAUAAUAACUCUUUCACGGGGCCUUUCAUGCUGCCAUAUGACAUUUGUCACAACAUUAGGAACCUAGAUAUUUCAGAUAAUCACUUACAGGGUCCAAUCCCCAUAAAUUUUGGUUUAAUUUUUCCAAGUUUAGAAUAUUUAAACAUGUCUAAAAAUGCAUUUCAAGGUAGUAUACCUUCUUCUUUUGGGAAAUUGGUUUUCUUACAAUUUCUAGACUUGUCUGAGAAUCAUUUAUAAGGAACAAUACCAAUGCAUUUCGGAAUGGGCUGCCACAACUUAUAUUUUCUCAAAUUGUCAUAUAAUAACUUCAGUGGCCAAAUAUUUCCCACCCAUUUCAAUCUGACUAAUUUAAGAUCUUUACAGUUGGAUAACAAUCACUUUUCGGGAAUGUUCCCAAAUAGCAUCUCAAUAUUAAAUUAUAUUUUCACAAUUGAUUUUAGUAAUAACCAUUUUUCAGGCAUGCUUCCAACGUGGUUGGGGAACAUGUCUGGUUUAAAUGAACUUGUUAUGGCCAAAAAUCAACUUGAAGGUCCUAUUCCAGUCGAGUGGUGCAAAAUUGUUAAGCUUUCAUUUCUUGACCUUUCCGAGAACAAUCUAUCCGGCUCUAUUCCAUCUUGCUUCAAUUCAUCAUAUAUUAGAUCAGUUUAUCUGAAUAAAAAUUGGUUGAGCGGUCCAAUUCCAUGUGCGUUCAAAAACAACUCUAAUCUAGUUACAUUAAAUCUUCGAGAUAACUUCCUAAUUGGAAACAUUCCUGAUUGGAUCGGCAACCUCUCAUCCUUGAGCAUUCUUCUUUUGAGAGAGAAUCAUUUAGAAGGUAGGAUUCCAAAUCAAUUAUGCCUUUUGCAAAACUUAAACUUGUUGGAUCUUUCCUACAAUAAAUUUUCAGGUACAAUACCACAUUGCUUGAGUAACAUUACUUUAGUGGCAUCCUCCGAA